UCGUUCCAAAAGUACAUCAGCCAUGCAGCGUAUGAGCUUUUUGGGUGGGGUUUCCAUGACGGAUCAGCGGGGUAGACCAUCUUCUGCGGAGAGAAAAUCGCGUGUGGAUCUGCUUGCUUUCAGGAAGGAAUUGAGCAUAGAUGAUCACAUCAUCACUCUGGAAGUACUGCGCGGAAGGUUAAAUUAUUCAUAUCAUGAAAAUGCAUGCCUAUAACUGGCUUUUCGGUAGAUACGAAACAAACUUCGAGCUAGGCUUAACUACGGAACAAGCUGAUGAGCUUCGAAAUAAGCACGGACCAAAUGCCCUUUGUCCGCCAAAGACGAGAUCCCGAUGGUUGAUCUUCGCCGAAUACAUGUUCGGAGGAUUCUCCAUCCUGCUGUGGCUCGGUGCAAUUUUGAGCACCGCCGGUUGGACUAUCUCCAGGUUACAAGAUCCUGAGGUUUCCUACGAUCAAUUAUACCUAGCGAUCGUCUUAGUGGUUAUAAUAAUAUCGACUGGUAUUUUCGGAUUUUACCAAGAGUCAGCAAACACCAAAAUUAUGGAGAGUUUCAAGAAGAUGAUUCCAAAAUCGGCAAAAGUUUUACGGGGCGGAGAAAAGCUUGAAAUACCGACGGAAGAUGUGACCGUUGGAGAUGUAGUCUUGGUUGAGAUCGGAUCUUGCGUUCCUGCUGAUAUCCGUAUUGUCGAAUCAUUCUCCCUGAAAGUGGACAAUUCCUCGAUAACGGGUGAAUCUGAACCGCAGCUACGCGCACCGGACUUUUCCGAUCCUAACCCUUUGGAAACACAAAAUCUAGCUUUCUAUGGUACCAAUGUGGUCGAAGGUUAUGGAAAGGGCGUCGUAAUUGCGAUCGGUGAUAACACACUUAUGGGACACAUCGCCGGUCUCACUUCUGGCCUUCAGCCCGACGAGACACCCAUGAAGCAGGAGCUGCGCAAAUUCGUCACCAUCAUUACAGCAAUUGCCGUAACGAUGGGCAUCAUUUUCUUCAUAAUGGCAAUGUUCCUGGGGUACGGGUUCUUCGAUGCAUUCAUCUACUUUAUAGCAAUCGUCGUGGCUUGCGUACCCGAAGGUCUACUUGUGACUCUAACAGCAUCGCUCACACUAACUGCUAGAAGAAUGGCCAAGAAAAACUGUCUCGUCAAGAACUUGGAUGCUAUAGAAACAUUGGGCUCGACGAGUGUUAUCUGCUCGGAUAAAACUGGAACGUUGACACAGAACCGUAUGACCGUCUCGCAUAUCUACUACGAUGAAGACAUUGUAGACGUCCUGGUGGAGACUGGCUUUGAAAAACCUAUAUCGGAAGCUUUCAAUCGCUUGUGUCGAGUUGCGAUGCUCUGCAGCCGUGCAGAGUUCAAAUCCGGAGAAGAGCAUUUGAACAUUAAAGAUAGAAGUAUAACUGGAGAUGCUAGCGAAAAAGCUGUACUGAAGUUCAUGGAAGAGCAUAUCGGCGGAACCAUAGAGUUCAGACGGCAAUACGAGAAAAUCUACGAAGUACCUUUCAACUCCACUAACAAGUACCAAAUCUCAAUUCACAGGAUGCCGGAGAAAGAUCAAAUAUUGCUGGUAAUGAAGGGAGCCCCGGAGAGGAUCAUAGAGAAGUGUUCAGAGGUGUACGAAAAAGGUGAAACUAUAAUGAUGGAUGAGGUGACAUCAAAAAAGCUUAAAAAGGCCUUACUAGAAUUGGGAUAUUUGGGUGAACGUGUCUUGGCCUUCGCAGAUCUGAACUUGCCCAGCACAUACACUGCUGAUUAUCCAUACGAUAACGAGCAUUCUAACUUUCCAACUGAAAACCUCAGAUUCCUCGGAUUCAUCUCAAUGAUAGAUCCACCGAGACCCGGUGUUCCGGCUGCGGUGGAAAAGUGUAAGUCAGCUGGAAUUAGGGUAAUUAUGGUAACAGGUGAUCAUCCUGUAACGGCUAUGUCUAUAGCUAGAAAGGUUGGGAUUAUAUCGAAGGAAAAUGAAACUUAUUUGGAUAUUGCUAAGAAGAGGAACAUUUCCAUGAAUAAAGUCACGUCGGAAGAGAGGAAGGAUUGUCGUGCGACGGUGAUAACUGGAGGAGAUCUUCGAGAAAUGGACGGAUACGAGUUGGAUAAUGUUAUAAAGAAUUACGAGGAGAUCGUGUUCGCAAGAACCAGUCCGCAACAGAAACUGCAGAUCGUCGAAGCUUUUCAAAGAGCGCAAAAUAUAGUGGCGGUGACGGGAGACGGUGUCAACGAUUCUCCGGCCCUCAAGAAAGCCGACAUUGGUAUAGCCAUGGGCAUAGCCGGUACCGAUGUGUCGAAAGAGGCGGCCGACAUUAUACUGCUGGACGAUAACUUCGCCUCAAUCGUGGUCGGCAUCGAGGAGGGUCGACUCAUUUUCGACAAUUUGAAAAAGAGCAUUGCCUACAUGCUCACGUCGAAUGUGCCGGAAGUGAUUCCGUUCAUGAUGUACGUUAUCAUCAAUAUUCCGCAGGCGCUGAGCAUAAUGUCCAUCCUUGUGAUUGAUGUGGGCACGGACCUGAUGCCGGGCAUCAGUUUGGCCUACGAGCGACCGGAGGCUGAUAUUAUGCACCGAAAACCGAGAAACUUGAAGACCGACAAGUUGGUAAAUUGCAAGUUGAUCUGCUUCUGCAAUUUAAACAUAGGCUUGGUGCAAACGUUUGCCGGUUUCUCAUGUUACUUCGCCAUAUACUCCGAUUUCGGCUUCACUCCAUCCAGACUCAUCGGAAUUCGCGAGGAAUGGGAGGGUCCAUCCAACGAUUUACUGGACUCCUUCGGCAACGAAUGGACGCUCUACGAACGACAAACGCUUGAGCGCAAAGGCGUCACCGCCUUCUUCCUGGCCAUCGUAUUCACCCAGGUCGCAGAUUGCAUCAUUUGUAAAACGCGGCGGCUUUCCGUUUUCCAACAAGGUAAUUAA